AUGGACGAGGAUGCGGCGCUCGCGGAGCUCUGCGUGCUCACUGGUCUCGAGCCCUCCUCGGCGCGGCACAUGCUCGCAGCCGCCGGCAACGUCGAGCUGGCGGCAAGCCUGUACUUUGACGGCAGUCCAGGCGCUGUGUCCGAUGCGUCCGACGGUGAAGGAGCAAUCUUUCAGAUCGACGACUUGGAAGCGCCCUCAAUCGAGGAGGCGAGUGUGCGCCAGAACGUGCCGCAGCACGGCCGCGCGGGCCGCGGUCGCCGGCGGCGCGGCCGCGGCAGCGCUUGCGAGUGGGAUGGGGAGGGCCUCGAUCCACUCGACCUCUUUGCGGAGACGGACGAGACGCUGCUGAUAGACAGCAGUCGAACCGCGGGCGGGCGCCGCCGUCGUAACUCACGGCGCGCCGGUGACUCUUCGGACGGGGAGGAGUUGCCGUCGGGAGGCCGCGCAAAGGGCAAAGGCAAAGCCAAGGCGGCGGCGGCGGCGGCGGCGGGCGUGCAGAGCUCCUCAGCCACGAGUGACGCGAUACCCGUUCCGGCGGCAGGCCGGCGGCGCGAGAAGAAGGCGCUGCAGAGCAGCCGGCGCAGGGAGGAGGGCCUGCCACGAGCGGGGAGCUCUCCCCGCGAGGGAGUCGUCUCGCUGGGGGGCGGCUCGCUCUCCGACGGGAGCGACCGCAGCGAGCAACCGCGCAGCGGAGUGCAGUCGCACGCCGGCUGGAGCGCGCCCGCGUCUUCGUCGCCGUCGGGCAGGUCGUCGCGGCGCGGGGCGGCGCCGUCCGCCCUGCUCAGCACGGGCGAGCUGCGCGGCGCUGGGGCGGCGCAGGGCAGCCGAGGCGGCGCUCGCUGCGGCCCCCGCGGCUCGGCCUCGGCCUCGCCCUCCGUGUCGCCCUUCCACACCCCGCUUGCGGCCGAGGCGAGCCCGCCGCCGCCCCUCGCCCUCGAGACGGCUCCUGCGCCGCCCCGCCGGCGCGGAGGCGGAGGCGAGGAGGGCAGCCGCUGCCGGGCCGAGCGCGCGAUCUCGCGGCUUCUGUGGGACCCGACAUACGACGCAGUGCGGGCGGGCCUGCUCGUCGAGUGGGACUCGCAGCAGGACCGCCGCUCCCGCCGCUCCGGCGCGGCCGCCUGGUCUGCGCGGGUGCAGACAGUGCGGUGCGUCACGCCCCUCUCGCUCUUCCUGCAGCUGCAGUCGGGACGCGCCACAGAGGCGGCGGAAGAGGGGCUCCAGGCGGAGGCCAAGGGGGAGGCGGCGGAGGCGGCGGAGGCGGAGGAGGAGGGGGAGGAGGCGGAGGCGGAGGCGGAGGCGGAGGCGGAGGCGGAGGCGGAGGCGCACCACGAGGAGGGCGCGCCGAGCCGCCUUGCGACGCGCCCCGUCUCCAUCCCGGGGACCCCCUCCACCCCGGGGAGUGGCUCGGCGCUGCGCCACUCAUCCCUCCCGUCCAAAAGCAGCUUGAGGUCGUCGCCGACAAGCUACCCUUGCUCGGCGUCGCCCUCUACCUCGCUGCUGUGCGGCCGCUCUCCGGCCUUCUCCCCACUCUCCGAUGCGGCGCCAUGCGACGGCCGCGGCCGAGGCGCAGACAGCAGGGCCGGGCGUCCCCCCUUCCACCUGGUCACGGCGCUGCUCCUGCCGCCCGCGUCCUCCCCCGCCACUGCCGCCGCAGCGCACACCGCUCUGUGGCACGUCGAGUGGAGGACAGACACGCCGCGCAUGCCGCCGGCGCCCCCGCUCGACCAGGGCGGCGGCGCCGGCGCGCCGAGGGCGGCAGCCGACUCGGCGGAGGCGGUCGAGGGCGACGCGUGCGCGCCGACUCCCUUGCCGGAGCUGCCGCUCGACUUGUGGCCGAUGGUGCUCGACGGGUGCCUCGGCCGCGAGCUCUGCGCCCUCGCGGCGACGUGCCGCGACUUGCACGCGGCGGUGGGCGCCUCGCACUCCUUGUGGGCGCGAGAGCACGGCCGCGUUCUCGGCGAGGCGCCGCCGCCCGACCUGAGCACGGCUGCGGUGCGCGCGGUGCUCCGCAGGGCGGAGGCGCGCAUCGCUCCGUGGAUGGCGCCGCCCCCCCUCGCUCUGCUGCAGUCGGGCGCCGCCGCCGCCGCCGCCGCCGACGGAGGCGGUGGCUUCGCUACUGCGCCGGGAGUGCGCGCGGCCAGGUACGACGGCGAGGGACUGCUGAUCUCUGCCGACGGCGGCGCGGUCCACUUGUGGGACUUGAGGCUGCUGCCGGGGCCCGAGGCCGUGGGCGGCUCGGACCUCCUGCGCGCGGGCGGAGGCGACUUGUGGAUGGACCUGCCCCCGAGCGCGCGCCGAGCCUUGGUCGGCUCGAUGCCGCUGCCCGUGCGCGGCACGACGGCGCGGCAGCUGCACCUCGACGGCAGCAAGCUGCUCGUCGGCAUCGACGGCGGCGUGCACUGCGGCACGCCCUUCUCCUGCGCCUCGCAGACGGUCGCGCUGUACGACAUGCGCGCGCUGCGAGGCUCGAGCUGCUCCGCCCCCGCCGCGCGGCCUCUGUGGGAGGCGCGCGUGCCGGGCUCCGCGACGGUGCUGAAUUGCGUCGGCGCGCCCGCGCUCGGCGCCCGCCGCGAUCCGUCGACCCUUGUGCUCGGAACUUGCGCGGGCCUCGUCUUGGUGUGGAACGCGGCGGCGGCGGCCGGCGCCAGCGUCUCCGCCGCCGGAUCACCCGGAGCACCUCGCGAGGCAGGGGCCGAGGCGGCGGCCGUGUUUGGCGGGCCAGACUCGCGCCGCGACCGCUGGCGGUCCGCCGAGAAGGAGGCGGGGCUCGGCGGCGGGCCGACAGACAAGAAGUGGCGCGCAAAGGUGCGGGUGAGAGGCCGGUACCCCAAAACCCAGGGCUUCUCCAACGUCGUCGCUCGCUCACGCUGA